AGCCCGGCGCGCAUGCGCAGUGCAGCUGUACGGGGUUAGCAGACGGGGAAUUCUGACUCACAGUUUUACUAAUAAUUUUUAGUUAAUUGUCGUAAUAAGUGCCGAACAAUUGCAACAAUAUCCGACUCGUAUCGCUCAGGAGGUUUUCCCCCAGUCUGCUCGUAUUUCUGUGGUUUUUGUCACUUUAGGAAGCCGAUCGUAGACAUUUCCUGAAACUCCUCGAGCUACUGCUGUCUGUAAAACUUCGAGGAGUUUAUAAAUGCUGUUUAAAGGCCUUUGAGGAUCAACUUUACCGCAGCAGAAGUUCACAUCUCCUUCUAGAAGGGUUUAAUCAGAAGAAAAGAAGCGGAGAUGAGUUUCUUAUUUGGAAAUCGCUCGUCCAAGACCUUCAAGCCCAAGAAGAACAUCCCCGAGGGCUCUCACCAGUACGAGCUGCUCAAGCACGCGGAAGCCACUCUCGGGAGCGGGAAUCUGCGCGCGGCCGUGAUGUUACCGGAGGGAGAAGACCUGAACGAGUGGAUCGCGGUCAACACUGUGGACUUCUUCAACCAGAUCAACAUGCUGUACGGAACCAUCACUGAGUUCUGCACAGAAACCAGCUGCUCUGUCAUGUCUGCAGGACCCAGGUAUGAGUAUCACUGGGCAGACGGGACCAACAUCAAGAAGCCCAUCAAGUGUUCUGCUCCGAAGUACAUCGACUACUUGAUGACCUGGGUUCAGGAUCAGCUGGAUGAUGAAACCCUCUUCCCGUCUAAGAUCGGUGUCCCGUUUCCCAAGAACUUCAUGUCCGUGGCCAAGACCAUCCUGAAGCGUCUGUUCAGGGUUUACGCUCACAUCUACCACCAGCACUUCGACUCGGUCAUGCAGCUCCAGGAGGAGGCUCACCUCAACACCUCCUUCAAGCAUUUCAUCUUCUUCGUACAGGAGUUCAAUCUCAUCGACCGCCGAGAGCUGGCGCCGCUGCAGGACCUCAUCGAGAAACUGGGCAGCAAGGACAGAUAGACGCGUCCGGCAGGCUUGACGUGUUUCCCACAAAGCCUUUCUUUUUCCCGUCCACUCCUGGAUCUGAGAUGCUGUUAGACACCGAUAGUCUUUGCAGUUCCUCAGCUGUGCUUCCUGAAGCUCAUAGGAGUCUUCCUGAAAACUCUCUUCUGCGUUUCCUGUUGUCAGUAUUACACUGUAGCUCUUGUUUCGACACGUGUUGGUGAUGGACUGAGAUAUGAAACUAUAUCAGUUUAGCUUUUAUGAAGUACAACUAAAACCUGCCUUUCAGUCAACGCUUUUAUAAUGUUUGAGGGGAAAUAGAGAAAGGUUUAUUUGAUUAGAUAUUUUUUAUUUUUUUAAUGUUUUGUACAAGUUUGAAGAAAAUUGUUAUUUUUUGUUUAUUUCUUAUGUGAUUGCAUAUUCAACAGUGGAGAUUAUUACAAGACCUUUUUCAGUUGUUGGUCAAUCUCAAGAAAUUUAUAUCCAGACAUUUAAACAGUAUUUCAUGUAAAAUUCUUUUUUUUUUUCUUCGUGAUUUUAUUUGUAGUCACAAUAAUGACUUUCUAUCAUGUUCAUAAUCAGAUUUUCUAGAAGAGCAUUGCAACUUAUUAUGAAGUUGAUAAAAAUUCCCAAAUUUGAUGAUUUUUUUUUGUUUUUUUUUUUUGGAAUAUUGCAUUUUGAGUAUUUUCUGUUAUUGGUAUUUUAAGACAUGUUACAAAAAGUGCACUGUAACAAUGAUUUUUAUUUUUUAUUAUUAUUUUGUUGUUAACGUUAGGUUUUUAAGUUUCAAAAGGAAAUAAACUUUUAUUCUGAAAGAUCAAA